UAAUGUAGGUUAAAUUAAAAAUAAAGAACCCAAAUUCCAGCAGACGCUGAUUUUCAUUCAUAUUUAAUAAUUAAAAACAACAUCGUUUUUAGCGCAGAAUAGUUCCUGAGUGAAGAAUGUUUCAACGAAUUUCACUUGGCCUGUUUGUAAACAGCAGAAAAACUCAAAAUAUUCUUCCAAAGAUAAAUGUAACUUCACUGGCGGGAAGCAUUGAACAAAACCCCUUGGAGUCUGAAAUUUCACCACCCAUAACUACAAAAUCAAAUAUUUAUGCUGCUGGGCCAAGAAAAUUAAGUUUCAUGUCCACAUUUGAGAAACCAAAGCAAGUCUGGCUCGAAAAUCUCAGUACGGUUGACGAAGAAAAACUUUCAAUCUUAGAUGUCCACCCUCAAGUUUUUGGUGUCCUUCCUCGACUUGACAUAAUUUCCAGGAAUAUACGCUGGCAGACACUGUACGGAAGAGUGGAUUUGAAUCAAGCGCCUUCUAGAGCUGAACUACCAGGCGGUGGUCGUAAGCCAUGGCCUCAAAAAGGUCUUGGCCGAGCAAGGCAUGGCAGCAUCAGGUCACCAUUGUUUAAGGGUGGAGGCAAAGCUCAUGGCCCUCGUGCUCCAAAAUCGCAUUUGUUCAUGCUUUCUUUUGACGCUCGAUUGAUGGGGUUGACAACCACCCUCUCGGUAAAACUAGCCCAGGAUGAUUUGCACAUUGUCGAAUCAUUAGAUAUUCCGACCGACGAGAAAGAAUACAUGGAACAGCUGGUUGAAUCCAGGAAUUGGGGACCAUCUGUGCUCUUUGUUGAUGAGGAAGACAAGAUGCCAAGAAACAUCACCAAAGCUACGGAUUCCAUCAAACACAUAAACCUUAUGCCUGUUUAUGGUCUGAAUGUCUACAGUAUGCUCAAACACGAAACCCUUGUGUUGACGUUGGCCGCAUUAGAGAGAAUUGAACACCAACUUCUCAUGAACAUACACAGAAAUAAGAGUGCUAAAACUGAAGGAAGGUACCUCCCGUCUAGGCAAUAAUAGAAACCUUUCAUUUUUAGUUACAUAUUAUUAAGGAGAUUCACUUCUCUGUAGUCUUAAUACAAUCAUUUAUAAAUAUUUCCCACAUAAAAACAACUCUUUAAUAUUCAUCUAGCCUAAGGGCGUAGUUUUUUCACAGAUAAAUAGGCCUUCAUUGAACUGCAGAUGACUCGGUUUCAGAAGCAGAGCUGAAAAUUUUUUUUUAAUUAAUUAAUACAAGCUCAUAAUAUAUAUAGUAGUGAUUUCAAGUUGCAAGCAAAGUUCAAAUUAAAUUAUAUAUUUAUACCCUGUCCCCUGCAGACUUCCUUGAUAUUUGUUGAUUUUGCCAUAUAGCAGGAUUAUUUUCCUUAGGGAUGUUGAAUUGCUUCCAAAACUUUUCAUAAUAGUGGUAGAGAGCUACAGGAUCAUGCCUUGGUGGCUCUUUCAACUUUUUGCAAUCUGAAAAAGUAAUUAUCUAGAAAUGAUUAAAUGAAUCUUAAUAUUAUUCUUUGCCUGCAAUAAUACCUUUUGGAAUUCUUCUCUUUGGCAUUUCCGACAACUUCUCAUCCCUCGAUGAUCCUUUAGAAAGACUUGUCGAUGAGGAUGCACUGUUGAAGCUGCCAGUCCUGUUGGCAAAUAUUAUUAUCAUUGAUAAAAAUUAUAUUGUUUUUAGC